UAAAAUUAUUAAAAUAUUUACUUAACUUGUAUUUAUAAGUUUUAUUUUAUGUAUAAAUCUUUAAAAUAACAAGACAAGAUUUGUUUUUGUUUUUUUCCUUACUGUUUAAAACAGCUACAACUAUAAUUUUGAUUAAUCAAAUUAAUUACAUUUUUGAAAGGCAUAAGGAAAUGAUAAUAUCACAUUUGGUAAAUAUUAAAAAAUUUAAUAUCUAAGCUAUAUAACAAUAUAAGCUUGUUAAUAUCCAUUUUACAUUAACACAUUAACUUUGACAACCCUUAAAUUUGUUAGAUUUUUAUUUUAUAUAAAUUUUCUGCAACUAUCUUAAAGUCCCUGAACCCUAUUUGGAAAAAAAAAAACCUCUUUAUUAUAAUUUAAACUUCUACACUUUUAUGUUUGUCUCAAAUCUUCUGUAUCUGAAGAAUUUCAGGUUAAGAGACUGUGUAUCCAGUAGUUCCAGUCCUAUCAUUUAUGUAAAUAUCAUACAUAGUCAAUAUUUACCAAUAUUACAAUGACUCUUUUGAAGGAUUUGCUUAUAGAUAAUAAUAGCUGAAUGCACAUGUGAUAGGAUGUGAAUGCUGACUGUUUAAGUGAGAACUUUGUGUUGAAAUUGCUCAGAUAUGUUUACAUUAAACUGAGUAUAGCUGAGUGCACAGAAUUCGGUCAAACUGCCAGUUGUUUAAGUUAUGACUGGUGGUUCACUAGUUAAUGUAAUCUACUGAUAUAGUUUAUGCUUAAUUCAGAAUGUUUGUUGUUAUAUUAAGCUGUAUUUGAUUUAUUUUGUCAUGAUUUUGACUACUAUCCUCAGUUUGAAUGUGACGAGUAUUUUGCCUCAUAAGCACCAUGCUAAGCUUCAGAAGUAAAUUGUUGAAUUUAUAAAUUACACUUACAAGUUUAUGUGGCACAUAUUUGAAAAUGGCAUAUGGAUAUUGAUAUUGCCCAGAGUGAGCCUCAGGAAAUUAAAACUUGACCUUUUUAUGUAUUUUAACAAUCUUUGUUUUGUAUCCUUAAUUUAGAUUGACAUUUUGUGUACUACAGCUUUAUGAAACUUUACGGUUACAUUGUAAAUCAUAUCCGACAUAUCGGGGGGAUUCUUAAUAGUGUUUUCAUUUAGUAUUUCUAGGCAGUUUCAACAAAUCAAGCAACAGAUGCAAAAGAAAAUGAAGAAAAAAGUUUGUCUUAAAGGAUCUAAGGACUCUUCGUAGCAACAUUAUAUUUUAUAUUAUUUUUACAUUACUAUUUAAUCUUAUUUGUGCCAUGUUUUCUUUGCAAGCAAGUUAGAGAAAAAAUAAAUUCAGUGUCACUGGACAAUGUUGUGAAGCAGUAAUUUUCCAUUUAUAUUGCUUGUGGUAAUAACACUGGUUGGAUUUGUGCUGGUCGGACAAAGUUUGACUGAGCAUUGAAACAAACGCAACUAAGUUAUACUGUAAUAAUUUAACCAUCACUUAAUCUCCUGCUUUCUGCUCUUCCCUGCUGAGAGAAGACUGUUAAUACAGCUUUGGUUAGUGAAACACUGAUUUUGUGUACUGGACAAAACUUGCUAUUAACAGGUUUUGGGUUCCAGACCAAAAUGGGUAUUUUUCCAACAGAAUCCGGGGUUGGAUCCAAUAUCCCUGACAUGGAGACUCGAUGUAAGAUUUGUCAGCAGGAUGUCAGCACUAUGUCAAUCUGUAGCCAUUUCCUGUCUGUGCUCUUUUACGUGUCAAUGAGAUUUAGUAUUUGAGUGUUACAAAGCUCUCCUUUUUGAAAUGCAUAUGGGAUUCUAUGUAAUUAACAAUCAGCUUUAAUUUUUGAUUUAAUAAAGUGAUUCUCCUGGUUAUGUGAUUUUUGAUUCUCUUCUUUACUGUCUGAAUAGGUAUAGCCUAGUUGGAAGUGUUCCAGAUCACCAUGUAACCAGUCUGCUGCUUUAACCUGGAGUGUGCGACAAAGCCCCAAAUCUGACGCACACCGUUGCUGACCUAUCAGACCCAUUAACACUGACUGAUUACACACUAUUGUCACGUGAAACUGCCUUUUGUCAUGACAGGAUUACGGCUGAUAGGAUUACUGUUAUAGCCAAGAUUUAAUUAUCUAGCACACUGUGUCCAGAAAACCUGGCCUUGUUUACAAAAACAGUUCAUUGAUAACAAAAUACCACAUCAAAGCCACUUGCAAACAAACAAACAAUAUUAAACGAUUCUGUUUCAUUCCAGAAGGGUCCAGAAUCCUUAGCAACACCACUGAGAGUAACCACAGGCAUAGUUCAUCACAACUUUCCAGUGGGAUUGCCACUUUGUCAUGGUGGAGAGGCUUGCGUGAUCCUGUGAUCUCAAGAGCAAUGUCCUCUGGAGCUAUGCUCCUGGUAGGGUCACCCAUGGCGGUAAGGACAAAGGGGAGGUUCCUUGACGAAGAGCAAUCCAACCAAGAAUUAAGCAGAAAAGUGCCCCCAGUUGUCUUGGACCACAUGCCACAAAACCACCAGGAUUGUGAGAUCUGGAAGCCUUUAGUCAUAAACUGGCACAUUAGGCGGUGAUAGACUAGACACACCACAGCCAAUUUUGCUGCAGUGCCCAGGGAGCAGUUGGGGGUUCGUUGCCUUACUCAAGGGCAUCUCAUUCAUGGUAUUGAAGGUGGAAGAUUCAGCAUUCAGCGCUGGACCACCCACAGCAGGCACCUGAGAGCUAUGAAACAAUACCAUCAAAGAUCCUUACAAAAGAUUCUGAGGAUCAGCUGGGAGGACCACCAACAUCAGCAUCUUGGAAGAAGCCAACAUGAGCAGCAUCACCACUACUAUAAUGCAGUACCAACUUCGAUGGACAGGUCAUGUCAUCCGUAUACAUAAUACAUGUCUCCCUAAAAAGAUCCUGAACUCUCAUCUGAAGGAAGGUAGUUGAGCAAUUGGUGGACAAAAGAAACCAUCAUCAACGAUCAUCAACUUUCUCCUGUCGACAUUGCACCAAAGUAUGCGGAUCGCAGAUUGGCCUCUACAGCCAUCUGAAGUCCCACAGAUCCAAAAGAGAGGACAGUCAUACUCGUUUCGGGUGACCGCCGAUAAUGAUGAUGAUUUCAUCACAUUAACUAUAAAUAUGAGAAAAUGUGAGAAAUGUGAGAUCAUAAAGCAAUGAUCUUUUUUAUUCCAUGGAGGAAACAAAAACAGAAUUUCAAAAUGCAAACUCAAUAUUAUGAGGCAAAAAGAUUAUGAUUGUGAGUAAAGAAACAAGCAGACUGGUUUGUAGUGCAAACAGUUUUACCGUUUACUGCACAUUCUUAUUAUUCUCAUUAUUAUGAACCAGAAGUCUCACCACUAAUGAUCACACAUUAAUGUGCAUUGUGUUUAUGUACACCAGUCGAGAUCUACUUUUCCUCUCUCAAACAGGAGAGCGAGGCGCUGGCAAUUCCAAGGUCAUGGGUUCGAUUCCCAGGAAAUGCAUGAAACUGAUAAAAUGUGUACCUUGAAUGCAUUGUAAGUCAAGGUGUGUGUCAAAUGCAUAAAUGGAAAUGGAAACGGAAACAGAAAGGCUAAGCACUAAGCACUACCAAUGGAUGGUCAAGCCUACUGAAGUCAAACCUGGGAAAUCCCCUUAAACCACAAGAAAGGCUGUAUCAAGAGUAGUCAACUUUAAUAAACAUGACAAAUUCGUCCAUGCCAACCUAUUCUCCAGAGAAAAAUUAUUUAAUUGAGCCGGUGCGUAAGAGAUACUCUCAACCGUAAUGAGAUCAUAGUGAAGGCACGUGCUGACUUUCCUUGUGGCUUUACAGACGGCUCAUUUACCUGCCCUCAUGGAUUAGUUUCAGGAACAACACAGUGCACUACUAUUUUACCCUUUGCUACAGUAGUAAAUACACAAAAAGUGGGGGUUAUCUGACAUCACUUCAUGCCAAAAACCCAGAACUAUGGCACAGAGCCACUGUCAACAGGGAAGUGUUAGAUUUUAUUACUCCAUCCUAAUCCUCUAAGCCUCCUAAAUCCUCCCGACCGUGGUUUUGAGAUGCUGGAUGGAUGCAUGAUGGCUUAAUCCCCCGUUAGAAAAGGUUAUCCUUUGCCCUCCUGCGAUACUCACAGCGUCUCGCCAUGGAGGAGCUACUGAUACCUGCAGAUGCCGAAGAGGCACCUCCCGAGCCUGGCAUCUUCUUCUCUCCAGCGGGACCAGCUAAAACCCCGCUGGAGAGAAUGAAGGACUUCAUGGCAAGCAUCUUCUCAGUCAGCGUCAGAGAGUAUGUGAAGGACUACAUCAGGCAAAACGGGUUGCUGACGCUCUCGGUUCUAGCCGUGAUCACAGGAUGUGUCCUGGGCUUCACUCUGAGAGAUCUAGACCUCUCCACACAGGCAAAAAUAUAUUUCUCCUUCCCUGGUGAGCUGCUCAUGAGGAUACUUAAAAUGUUGAUUCUUCCCCUAAUCACCUCCAGUUUAAUGUCUGGACUGUCGUCUAUGGAGUCGAAGGCCUGCUGCAGGAUGGGGGUGCUGACGGUCACCUACUACCUUUGGACCACAUUCGUUGCAGUAGUGGUUGGCAUUAUACUCGUUCUUAUCAUCAAACCUGGCUAUGGGACACACGCGGAGGGCAGUAGACUGGGAGGUGGACAAGUCAUAACGUCUGCAGAUGCACUGCUGGAUCUGGUCAGGAAUAUGAUCCCCUCCAAUCUCAUUGAAGCCACAUUUCAGCAGUAUAAGACAGACAUUAUUCCAAUCAUGAAAACACCAGUGAACACAGGGCGCCCAAAUUUUGUCUACUUGAUGCCUGAUGAAGAAAAUCCAAAGGGUCGGACAGUGCUGUUGGAGCUAACACCACCUCCAGACAUCGAGUAUAAGACCCGUCCAAGCAGCAGUCAGCAGAUGAAUGUACUCGGCAUUGUUAUUUUCUCAGCCACAAUGGGUCUCUUACUUGGUAAAAUGGGCGAACGGGGAGUUCCUCUGGUGAACGUUUGCCAGUGCAUCAAUGAGUGUGUGAUGAAGAUCAUUAACGCGGCUGUAUGGUAUUUUCCUUUUGGGAUCAUCUUCCUUGUAGCUGGCAAAAUCCUGGACAUGAGUGAUCCCUCCACACUUGGGAAGAAGCUGGGUUGGUAUGGGGUGACGGUCAUGGCAGGCCUGUUUGUGCACGGCCUCAUCUUGCUUCCAUUCUUUUAUUUCAUUCUGACAUGGAAAAAUCCUUUCACAUACAUCAGAGGGCUUCUGCAAGCCAUGGUCAUCGCCCUCGCUACGUCAUCCAGUUCUGCAACGCUGCCCAUUACAAUGAAAUGUUUGCUGGAGAACUGCCGAGUGGACAGGCAGAUUGCCCGGUUUGUGCUGCCAGUGGGAGCCACCAUUAACAUGGAUGGAACGGCGCUUUAUGAAGCAGUUGCUGCUAUUUUCAUUGCUCAGGUCAAUGACUACGAACUGGAUUUCGGACAGUUGGUCACCAUCAGUAUAACAGCAACCGCUGCCAGCAUAGGUGCGGCUGGAAUCCCUCAGGCAGGCCUUGUAACCAUGGUUAUAGUGCUGUCAUCUGUCGGACUGCCAGCGGAUGACAUCACACUGAUUGUGGCCAUUGAUUGGAUCUUGUAA